AUGAAUACCAGGUUGGGACAAAUCGUUUGUAUUAUCGGAUUAUUAUACAAGUUGGCUUCAACAUUAACAUCUAGAAAUGACCAAGAUAAUGCUUGCACCCAACUAUUGAGGAGUCAUUAUUUGAUGCGUUGUAAGGAAAUCACAAAAGGAUAUGGAUUACCAAGACAGCAAUUUUCAAAUAAAAAUAGAUGUUCCUUCUGUUGUUUAGAAUGGACGAAGCAAACUGUGACAAAAGUUAAAUCAAAUAGAGUUAGUAAAAGACAAAGAAAACGUAUAAGACAGAAGAAAUGUCAUAAAGAUUUAUUACAUAGUAACAAAGUUGAACAAAUCUGCACAUUUUCCGACACAUACGCUACUCAAAAACAAGUUAAAGACGAGGUAGGCGUGCGUUGCCAAAAGUUAUUUCAAGACUUUUUAGAGGAGUUCAAAGAGGAUAAUGAAUUAAAAUAUGAAAAACAAGCAAAAGAGUUGCUAAAACCUGAAUUGAGUACAUUAGAAAUAGGAACACUGAUCAGAAUUUCAGGUCAAAUUGUCAGGACUCACCCUGUACAUCCUGAGCUUGUUUUAGGAACAUUUGUUUGUCUAGAUUGCCAAACUGUUGUCAAAAAUGUUGAACAACAAUUUAAGUACACAAUACCAACAAUCUGUAGAAAUCCAGUAUGCGCUAAUCGCCGCAGAUUCAUGCUUGAUGCAGACAAAUCAGUAUUUGUUGAUUUUCAAAAAAUUAGAAUUCAAGAGACACAGGCAGAGCUACCUCGUGGUUGUAUACCAAGGUCCCUUGAAGUCAUAUUAAGGGCUGAAGCAGUGGAAUCUGUGCAGGCAGGCGACCGUUAUGACUUUACGGGCACACUUAUAGUUGUUCCUGAUGUAGGUUCAUUAUCAUUCCCCGGUGCCAAAGCUGAGAUAACUUCAAGAACGCGACAUGCAAAUGAAGGACAGAUGGAGGGAAUCAAGGGGCUUAAAGCAUUAGGUGUUCGGGAACUACAUUACAAGACUGCAUUCCUUGCAUGUAGUGUGCAAGCCAUAUCACGUCGAUUUGGUACUGCCGAGCUUGCCACUGAUGACCUCACUACUGAGGACAUGAGGAAACAGAUGACAGAUAAAGAAUGGGACAAGGUAUAUGAAAUGUCCAGAGAUCGAAACCUAUACAACAACUUAAUAACAAGUCUAUUCCCGAGUAUCCAUGGAAACAAUGAGGUGAAGAGAGGGAUACUUUUGAUGCUGUUCGGAGGCGUCGCUAAAACCACUGUUGAAGGAACAACCCUUCGUGGCGACAUCAAUGUGUGUAUAGUAGGCGAUCCCAGUACGGCUAAGUCGCAGCUGUUGAAGCAAGUGAGCGAAAUAACGCCACGCGCUGUUUACACUAGUGGGAAGGCGUCAUCGGCUGCCGGUUUGACCGCCGCCGUAGUUAAGGAUGAGGAAUCCUUCGACUUCGUGAUCGAAGCUGGUGCGCUUAUGUUGGCCGACAACGGCGUGUGCUGCAUCGACGAGUUCGACAAGAUGGACCCCGGCGACCAGGUAGCCAUCCACGAGGCCAUGGAGCAACAGACCAUCUCUAUCGCUAAGGCUGGGGUCAGAGCAACACUUAAUGCUAGGACAUCAAUAUUAGCCGCUGCCAACCCCGUUGGAGGCCGCUACGACCGCGCCAAGUCUUUGCAGCAGAACGUAGCUCUGAGUGCUCCAAUCAUGUCCCGUUUUGACCUGUUCUUCAUACUGAUCGACGAGAGCAGCGAAAUGGUUGACUACGCUAUUGCCAGGAAAAUAGUGGACUUGCAUUGUAACAAAGAAGAAACCUACGAUUGUGUGUACUCGAGGGAUGACUUGCUGAGAUAUAUCGCUUUCGCGAGGUCCUUCAAGCCUAUCAUAACUGAGGAGGCGGGCAAGUUGCUGGUGGAGUACUACGCGGCGCUGCGGUCGCGCGACGGCGGCGGCGCCAGCGGCGGCGGCGCCUGGCGCAUCACGGUGCGCCAGCUCGAGUCGAUGGUGCGGCUCGCCGAGGCGAUGGCCAAGAUGCACUGCAGCGGCCGCGUCUCCACCGCCCACGUGCACGAGGCUUACAGAUUACUAAAUAAAUCAAUAAUUCGCGUGGAGCAACCUGACAUCCAUCUUGAUGAAGAUGAGCCACAAUAUGAACCCAUGAUGGAUGUUGACCAAGAAACACCUGAAGGCAGUGCAGAAAAGACAGUAAAUGGAGAUACGGCGCCGAAGAAGAAGCUGACAUUGUCGUUUGAAGAAUACAAAUCCCUCAGUGACAUGCUGGUUGUGUUCAUGAGAAAAGAAGAGGCAGAUGCCGAAACUAGAGGUGAAGAGAGUGCUGGCAUGCGAAAAAGCUCUGUUGUCAAUUGGUAUUUGGAACAGUUGGUGACACAAGGGCAAAUAGAAAAUGAAGAUGAACUACUUGAGAGAAAAAUACUAGUGGAGAAGGUUAUUGAUAGGCUUAUGUAUCAUGAUCAAGUAAUAAUUCCACUGUCUACUACUGGUCUCAAGGCAACACAGAAAUCAUCAGAUCAGGAAAUAGAAGAUGAUCCCCUGUUGGUUGUCCAUCCAAACUAUGUUGUAGAUACU